AUGCAUUGGUCUGUUUGCAAUCCAAAGUUUAGUUAGUCUUAGUAUUACGACAGCUCAAGUCGCAGACAGACUGGCUACAGCCCGUGGUCGAGACAUAAAGCUCUCGCAGACUUACGCUAGCUAAGCGCGCAGUGAACUUACGUUCAGGCCGUACGAUCCCAGUGGUGUGUUGUGAGAAGCAAUGGCCGUCGCAGCAGCCCAGAAGAACCGUGAAAUGUUCGCCAUCAAGAAGUCCUACAGUAUCGAGAAUGGUUACCCAUCUCGCCGUCGCUCCCUGGUGGACGACGCCCGCUUCGAGACACUGGUAGUCAAACAGACCAAGCAGAGUGUGCUGGAAGAGGCUCGCGCCCGUGCCAAUGACUCUGGCUUGGACACCGAUUUUAUCCAAGAUGGAGUUCAUAUCGGUAAUGAGGAUAAAUCACCGACUGUCGAAGAUGGUACCCAACAAGACGAAACUAAAAAUGGACAACUGGCCGAUGCUGACAUUGGUGACGAUGCUACCAAGUCGGAUGAGGAUUAUACCCUAACUGAGGAAGAAGUGAUUCUUCAAAAUGCAGCGAGUGAAUCACCAGAGGCUGAGCAUGCUAUCCAACAAGCAGCUCUGCUGCUGCGCAUGCGCGAUGGCAUGGGAUCACUCGCUCGCAUUCUCAAAACCAUUGACAACUACAAGGGCUGUGUUCAACAUCUGGAGACUCGUCCAUCUCAACUAACGGGCAUCCAAUUCGAUGCUCUUGUCAAAGUGAGCAUGUCUCGCUGCAACCUUCUUCAACUCAUCAGAUCUCUACGUCAAUCAACGGCUUUUGCUGGAGUUAACCUUGUGUCUGAGAACAACAUCUCUAGCAAGACCCCUUGGUUCCCUCGCCACGCUUCUGAUCUCGACAACUGCAACCAUCUCAUGACUAAAUACGAGCCUGAGCUUGAUAUGAACCACCCUGGAUUCGCUGACAAGGAAUACAGAGAGCGCAGGAAAGAUAUUGCCGAAAUCGCUUUCGCUUACAAAUACGGAGACCCAAUCCCAUCCAUCACAUACACGGAGAGUGAGAACGCUACUUGGCAGCGAGUGUUCAACACCGUUUUGGACCUGAUGCCAAAACACGCAUGCCACGAGUACAAAGUAGCAUUUGGAAAGCUGCAAUCGGCAGAUAUCUUCGUCCCACAUCGUAUCCCACAGCUGGAGGAUGUCAGCAACUUCCUUCGCAAGCACACAGGAUUCACCCUGCGCCCCGCUGCUGGACUGCUGACUGCGCGUGACUUCCUCGCUUCUCUCGCUUUCCGCGUCUUCCAAUCUACCCAGUACGUCCGUCACGCCAACUCCCCAUUCCACACUCCAGAACCUGACUGCAUCCAUGAGCUGCUAGGACACAUACCUCUCUUGGCUGACCCCAGCUUCGCUCAGUUCUCUCAAGAGAUUGGUUUGGCUUCGCUCGGUGCCUCGGACUCUGAAAUCGAAAAACUGUCUACUGUAUACUGGUUCACGGUAGAAUUCGGUCUCUGCAAGGAGAACCACCAGCUAAAGGCCUACGGCGCUGCACUCCUGUCAUCCAUCGGAGAGCUCCUCCACGCCCUCAGUGACAAGCCAGAGUUGAGGCCCUUCGAGCCCGCUUCCACCUCGGUGCAACCCUACCAGGACCAGGAGUACCAGCCGAUCUACUACGUUGCUGAAAGUUUUGAAGAUGCCAAAGACAAGUUCAGACGCUGGGUAUCCACCAUGUCUAGACCCUUCGAGGUUCGUUUCAAUCCUCACACGGAGCGCGUAGAAGUCCUGGACUCGGUGGACAAGCUCGAGACGCUCAUCUGGCAGCUCAACACAGAGAUGCUGCAUCUUACCAACGCCGUCAAGAAGCUUAAGGGAUCUCAUUUCGAGUGAUCACCCUAUCCUGUAAACACAUAAAUGGUUCAGUGCACGCGGCCUCGCCGUAUUCUGUAUAGCUAGUGAUAUUAUAGACGUAAGACUGUGUGCGUGUGUGGAGCGUGUGUGCGAGAGUGGAUACCAUCGGAUGAUAUUUCGUUGAAUAACUUUUUGUACCUUAUUGUAUAUUAUUUAUUGCCGAGCUCAUUGCCCGGGCCUCUCAAACUGCACUGAGCUCCCGAUUGCCCAUUUACGGAGACUGUGCAUGUGUGGAAGGCCAACUACUACUAGUAUUAUUUAUAAUUUAAAACAACGCAAAAUGAAUAAAAAUGGAGCACCAAAAUGAAAAAAAAUCAAACCAAAAAUAUAUGUGUUUGACUGGA